AUCGUCACUCUCUGUCUAACUGCAACAAGAAUGGCUUCAAACUUGUGGUCAGUGGAGCACUUGAACUGUCCAGUGUGUCUGGAGAUAUUGAAGGUCCCAGUCACUAUUCCAUGUGGACACAGUUACUGUAUAGGGUGUAUAAAGAACUGCUGGGAUCAGACUAAUCAUACAGGUGUCUACAGCUGCCCCGAGUGCAGAGAGACCUUUACCCCAAGGCCUGAUCUACGCAGAAACACCAUCCUGGCUGAAGUUGUGGAGAAAUUAAAGAAGACAGGACUCAAUCCUCCUCCUGCUCAAAGUUAUGCUGGACCUGGAGAUGUGCCGUGUGAUUUCUGCACUGGGAGAAAGUUCAAAGCUGUGAAAUCCUGUUUGACAUGCCUGGCCUCUUUCUGUGAAACACACGUCAAGCCACACUAUGAGGUUACUCCAUUAAAGAGGCACAAGCUGGUCAAUGCAAUUGGAAAUCUGGAGCAGAAGCUUUGUGCUGAACACCAGAAGGUUUUGGACAUCUUCUGUAGAACCGAUCAGACGUGUGUUUGUGUGUUGUGUAUUGACAAGGAGCACAAGAGCCAUGAUACAGUUUCAGCUGAGUCAGAAAGGACUAGGAAACAGAAGCAGCUGGAAGAGACACAGACAGAAAUACAACAGAGAAUCCAGGAGAGACUGAAAGAAAUGGAGGAGCUGAAUCAGGCUGUGGAGUUACUGAAAAGAUCUGCAUGCAUAGAAAUAAAGGAAAGUGAGAAGAUCUUUACUGAGCUGAUCCAAUCCAUUGAGAAAAUCCACACUGAGGUUAUUGAGCUGAUUGGAGCUAAAAAGAAGGCUGGAGUGAAUCAGACUGAAGGACUCAUGAGGAAACUGGAGCAGGAGAUUGCUGAGCUAAGCAGGAGAAACGCUGAGCUGAAACAGCUUUCAGAGACAGAGGAUCACAUCCAUUUUCUACAGAAUUUCCAGUCCCUCUGUGCCCCUCCUGAAGAUGGAGACUUACUCAGCUUUACUGUCAAUACAGACAUCUCUUUUGGGGCUGUGAGGAAAGCUGUAUCUGAACUUAAAGACCAUAUUGAGGACUUCUGCAAGGGGGAAUUAGUAAAGAUAACCACAACAGUGAACAAAGUUGCAGUUUACAGUCUGCAGGCUCCAGAGCCAAGGAACAGAGCUGAGUUUUUAAAAUAUUCCUGUCAGCUCACACUGGACUCCAACACGGCGUAUGAAGACCUCUGUCUGUCUGAAGGGAACAGAAAGGUGACACAGGGAGAGACCCAGCGAUAUCCUGAUCACCUAGAUAGAUUUGAUUACUGGCCCCAAGUGCUUUGCAGAGAGGGUUUGUCUGGGACUCGCUGUUACUGGGAGAUUGAGUGGAGUGGGGGAGGAGCUGCUAUAGGAGUCACAUAUGAAGGAAUCAGUAGGAAAGGAAGGGCUCAUCCCUGUGUCCUUGGAUUCAAUGACAAGUCCUGGAGUUUGUUCUGCUCUGAUUCGAGUUACACUGCCUGGCACAAUAACAAUGAAAGUGCAAUAACUGUCCCUCACUCCCCCAGAAUAGGAGUGUAUCUGGACUGUAAUGCUGGCACUCUGUCAUUUUAUGGCGUCUCUGACACAAUGACGCUCCUGCACAGAUUCCAAACUACAUUCACUGAGAUGCUCUAUCCUGGGUUAUCUGUUGAUUAUGAUUCCUCUGUAACAAUCUGCCAGCUGAACUAGACUGUUUUGUGUUGUAAGAAAACUUUUGUAUUGAGCUCCCGGUCUGUCCUUUCCACUCCUCUGGUGAAGGGAAUGUUCAAUCUGACACAACUUUGUUUAUUACAUUCAUUUUGGUAGUUUAAAUCAAGUUAUAUAUAAUUAUAUAUAUAUAAUUAUAAUUUUUGGAGAGGGUGUGAAGUUUAUUAUUCAAAGUGCCAUUUAAGGUCAAUCAUGUUUUAUGUUUCUGUUUAUCAAUUAAUGCUAAAUGUUUUUCCCCAUGUAAUGUUUUCUAAAGUUUUAAUUUUCAAUAAAUGUUUUGUUCUGCACCUACUUCUGAAAUGAACAUAAACUAAGUGGACUGUCAACAGCAGCUGCUCUCUGGAAAUGUAGUGAACAAAAAAGCUUUAGAGAAAAUGUUAAACACACAUAAAAGGAUAUUAUGGGCAGCAGUGUGGAGUAGUGGUUAGGGCUCUGGACUCUUGACCGGAGGGUCAUGGGUUCAAUCCCAGGUGGGGGACACUACUGCUGUAUCCUUGCGCGAGGUACUUUACCUAAAUUGCGCCAGUAUAAACCCAACUGUAUAAAUGGGUAAUUGUAUGUCAAAAAUGUGAUAUCUGUAUAAUGUGAAAUACUGUGAUAUCUUGUAACAAUUGUAAGUCGCCCUGGAUAAUGGUGUUUGCUA